GGAGUAUAUACAGACACAUAAGAACGGGAGUCUGUGAAGUUGUGCCCCUCCGCCGGAAUUCAGCCAAGUGGUCCGUGUGAGAGACCAUGCUGCAAUAACCGUUAGUGUGAUGUCCCUAUUACCUGUACAUCAUCCCAGAAAUUCAGAGAAAAUGUGGGAAAAAAUGGUAUAAUACAGAGCAGAGAAAUUAAAAUCAAUAAUAGGAUUUCAAGUAAAAAGGAACUGGACUAUUGCAGAUUGGAGAGUCCCAUGACCAACUGUAUAUUUACUUCACAGGGAUUUUAAUGAACUUAGAGGUAUCUAUUGAUUGGGGUAUAUUUGUAAAUACGUAUACUACUAGUGAAUCUGGUCUCAGAUAUGUUAAAGUUCUACUUGGAUGGUAAAUAUCUGUGAAGUUUUUCAAGAGGUGACCAACUGUGAAUUUCUAAAUACUUGACUGCAUACUAAAUUCUUAUCAGUGGAAAUAUUUUGUGACCUGCAUCAGUGAAUUUAGGGGAGAUGGAUGGCAGAGAUGAUGAUACAGAGAAACCCGACCAGGCUAAAAGACCCCGCCCCAUUACACCCAAAAUCUUCAAGAAGUGCAAGAGUGCUACGUUUACCCUCGAUGGCACUGCCUAUACUAUAGUGGCUAAUCCCCCAGACAGGGCAAAAGAUGACUCAAGUGUGGGUGCCAAGAAUGGCCAGCUGUCAAGGGCUGGUUCCUUGACAGUGCUGAAGAGAACAAACUCCAAAUCAAAAUUACCUUCCAGUAGCAGUAGUCGGACAUCAAGUAUCGCAGAAAGUGAUUCCUACGCAAGUGUUGAUCUCGGCACAGACAAACUUCCUCCCAUUGACACCCCGGAGGCUUCUCAUGUCUGCUCAAUACGCUUAAGGAAUAUAUUGAGAAGAGUACAGAAUGGAGAGGUCUCUAAAGAAGAUCUGUACAAGAAUCUGGAAUAUGCUGCCUCGGUGCUGGAGUCGGUCUACAUCGACGAAACUAGAACUAAUAAGGACACCCUCAAAAAUUCCACUGAAACACCGACACCUGUCCCUAAAUCUGUCCAGGAACGACUUACAGAUGAGGAUGACGAACUCAGUGAGGUUGAACCUGAUGCAGUCCCAACAGAGGUCAGAGAUUGGUUGGCCUUGACCUUCACAAGGUCAAUGAACAAUGUCCGACGAAGAGGACAAGAAAAGCCCAAAUUCCGAAGUGUGGCUCAUGCCAUCCGGGCAGGCAUUAUGGUGGACAGAAUUUACAGACGACUCUCCAGUUCAGGCACAUUACAUAUUCCCCCCGCAGUUUUAUCACUUUUAAAGGGCAUGGAUGAUUGGUCAUUCGAUGUGUUUGCACUAAAUACUGCAGCAGAAGGGCAUUCUUUGAAAUAUGUGGGUUAUGAACUGUUACAAAAAUAUGACUUGGUUACUAAAUAUAAGAUAAAUAAUUCAAUGUUGGACUCUUUCCUCCUGCAAUUAGAAGCUGGAUAUAGCAAAUAUAAGAAUCCGUAUCAUAACCUGGUCCACGGAGCGGAUGUGACCCAGACAGUACAUUUCAUCUUGUCACAGAGCAAACUGGCACAUUGGUUAACCGACCUGGAAGUGUUUGCUACAAUUAUUGCUGCUCUGAUCCAUGAUUAUGAACACACAGGAACCACUAAUAAUUUCCACAUCCAGACUGGGUCCGAAUUUGCUAUCCUGUAUAAUGAUAAAGCUGUUCUGGAGAAUCACCAUAUAUGUGCCUCAUUCCGAAUCAUGAGAUCAGAGGAAGCCAAUAUUCUUAACCACCUCAGCAGAGAAGAGUAUAGAGAAUUCCGAUCUUUAGUCAUAGAAAUGGUGAUGGCUACAGACAUGUCUUUCCACUUUCAACAGUUGAAGAACAUGAAGAACCUACUGGGCAUGCCAGAGAAUAUAGACAAACAGAAAGCAUUAUCUUUGGUCCUACACUGUGCAGACAUAAGUCAUCCAGCCAAAGACUGGAAUCUUCACCGACGCUGGACUAGUCAGCUUCUGGAGGAAUUCUUUAAACAGGGGGACAGAGAACAAGAACUGGGACUGCCCAUCUCGCCCCUGUGUGACCGGGAAAAGACCCUAGUGGCUGAGUCACAGAUAGGUUUUAUUGACUUCAUUGUGGACCCAAGCUUUACGGUGAUGACAGAAAUGUUGGAGAAGAUUCUGACUCCACUACAGAAGGCUGCCCGCUCAGAAGACGCCAUCACUGAGGAAGUCUUUGACACAGCAGACAAAAGUACGAGUACAAAUUCAUUACAUCGAGUGUCUAAUAGGGAGAAAUCCAGAAAGACAGGUAAAUAUGCACUGAACACCCCAUGGGCAGAUUGUUUGGCAGACAAUAAAAUCCGCUGGAAAGAGCAGGCUGCCAAAGAUGCUGAGGAAAGGAAACGGAAAGAAGCAUUAGAGAAGUCAAAGGAAAGCAGUAAUACAAACAACAACACAACAAAAUCCACCACCCCCCUCAAUCAGACUACGCCAGCCGUUAACUGUAGCACAGGUAAGGGUGGAAACUAAGGCUCUGACCAAUCACUGGACAGCACUCUCCUCCAAUGGCAUUCACUCUCAGUAUUGUGUGCAAAUCAUGCAACCAACCAGAAAUUUGUUGUUGUACAGCCUCUUAUCUGAUUGGAUCUUUCAACCUUUUGGGCAGCCUACAAUCUUCCAUCUGACCUUUGAACUCUGGUGAUUUUUUUUUAUUGGUUAACUUAUUUGUAUAUACUGUUAAAUGUGUAUAAAUAAACAAAAAUCUUAUGUGAUAUGAUUAAUAUUCUAUGUAUAUGUAAAGAUGUUUUUAAUUCAGAAGACUAUAUAAAAGUGAUAAAAUGCUAUGAAGGCAUUAUAUUAUUGAAGUAGUUGCAUUUUUCAUCACCUCAUUUUGUUUAUACAAUAAAAUUGUUUUGACUCUC